AGAAGAUCAGCACCCUGGGAGACUGUUAUUACUGUGUGGCAGGCUGUCCGGAGCCCCGCGCAGACCAUGCCUACUGCUGCAUCGAAAUGGGCUUAGGCAUGAUAAAAGCCAUCGAGCAGUUCUGCCAGGAGAAGAAGGAGAUGGUGAACAUGCGUGUCGGGGUUCACACGGGGACUGUCUUGUGUGGUAUCCUGGGCAUGAGGAGGUUUAAAUUCGAUGUGUGGUCCAAUGAUGUGAACUUGGCUAAUCUCAUGGAGCAGCUGGGAGUGGCUGGCAAAGUUCACAUAUCCGAGGCCACUGCAAAAUACUUAGACGACAGGUAUGAAAUGGAAGACGGGAGAGUUAUGGAGCGCCUUGGCCAGAGCGUAGUCGCCGACCAGCUGAAAGGUUUGAAGACAUACCUGAUAUCGGGCCAGAGAGCCAAGGAGUCUCACUGCAGCUGUGCAGAGGCCCUGCUUUCUGGCUUUGAGGUCAUUGACGACUCACGGGCGUCCUCAGGCCCUAGGGGACAGGGGACAGCAUCGCCAGGGAGUGUCAGUGACUUGGCACAGACUGUCAGAACCUUUGAUAACUUUAAGACUUGCCCUUCUUGUGGAAUCACAUUUGCUCCUAAAUCUGAAGCUGGUGCAGAAGGAGGAACUGUGCAAAAUGGCUGUCAAGACGAGCCUAAGACCGGCACCAAGGCUUCUGGAGGACCCAACUCCAAGACCCAGAACGGACUCCUGAGCCCUCCUCCAGAGGAGAAGCUCACCAAUAGCCAGACCUCCCUGUGUGAGAUCCUGCAGGAGAAGGGACGGUGGGCAGGUGUGAGCUUGGACCAGUCAGCCCUCCUCCCACUCAGGUUCAAGAACAUCCGUGAGAAAACUGAUGCCCACUUUGUGGAUGUCAUCAAAGAAGACAGCCUGAUGAAAGAUUAUUUCUUCAAGCCACCCAUCAAUCAGUUCAGCCUGAACUUCCUGGAUCCGGAGCUGGAGCGAUCCUACAGAACCAGUUACCAGGAAGAGGUCAUAAAGAAUUCUCCUGUGAAGACUUUUGCCAGCGCCACCUUCAGUUCCCUCCUGGAUGUGUUUCUGUCCACCAAGGUGUUCCUGAUCCUCUCCAUCACCUGCUUCCUAAAGUACGGAGCCACGGCCACUCCACCCCCGCCCGCUGCCCUGGCCAUCUUCGGUGCAGACCUGCUGCUGGAGGUGCUGUCCCUAGUAGUGUCCAUCAGAAUGGUGUUCUUCCUAGAGCAUGUCAUGACGUGCACGAAACGGUCGCUGGAAUGGAUCGCUGGCUGGCUCCCUCGACACUGCAUAGGGGCCGUCCUGGUUUCUCUACCUGCCCUGGCUGUCUAUUCACACAUCACCUCUGAGUUCGAGACAAACAUACAUUCCACCAUGUUCACGGGCUCUGCGGUGCUGGUGGCCGUGGUGCACUACUGUAACUUCUGCCAGCUCAGCUCCUGGAUGAGAUCCUCCCUUGCCACCAUUGUGGGCGCUGGGCCGUUGCUUCUGCUCUACAUCUCCCUGUGCCAGGACAGUUCCGUGGUGAUGUCACCCUUGGAUACAGCACAGAACUUCAGUGUCGGCAGGAACCCGUGCAACAGCUCACUGCUGCAGGACAGCAGGAGGCCGGCCAGCCUCAUAGGCAAGGAGCUCAUUCUCACCUUCUUUCUCCUGCUCCUCUUGGUCUGGUUCCUGAACCGAGAGUUCGAGGUCAGCUACCGCCUGCACUACCAUGGGGACGUGGAAGCUGAUCUGCACCGCACCAAGAUCCAGAGCAUGAGGGAUCAGGCUGACUGGCUGCUGAGGAACAUCAUCCCCUACCACGUGGCUGAGCAGUUGAAAGUCUCCCAGACAUACUCCAAGAACCAUGACAGUGGAGGAGUGAUCUUUGCCAGCAUCGUCAACUUCAGUGAGUUCUACGAAGAGAACUAUGAAGGGGGCAAGGAAUGCUACCGGGUCCUCAAUGAGCUGAUAGGUGACUUUGAUGAGCUUCUGAGCAAGCCAGACUAUAGCAGCAUUGAGAAGAUCAAGACCAUUGGGGCCACAUACAUGGCAGCAUCGGGGCUGAACACUGCCCAGUGUCAGGAGGGUGGCCACCCACAGGAGCAUCUGCGCAUCCUCUUUGAAUUCGCCAAGGAGAUGAUGCGUGUGGUUGAUGACUUCAACAACAAUAUGUUGUGGUUCAACUUCAAGCUUAGGGUUGGCUUUAACCAUGGACCCCUGACGGCAGGUGUCAUAGGUACCACCAAACUGCUGUACGACAUCUGGGGGGACACUGUCAACAUUGCCAGCAGGAUGGACACCACCGGUGUUGAGUGCCGCAUCCAGGUGAGCGAAGAGAGCUACCGUGUGCUGAGCAAGAUGGGUUAUGACUUUGACUAUCGCGGGACUGUGAACGUCAAGGGGAAAGGGCAGAUGAAGACCUACCUUUACCCAAAAUGCAUGGACAAUGGGCUCGUGCCCCAGCACCAGCUGUCCAUCUCCCCAGACAUCCGUGUGCAGGUAGACGGCAGCAUUGGACGGUCUCCCACGGACGAGAUUGCCAACUUGGUGCCUUCUGUUCAGUACUCAGACAAGUCUUCCUUGGGAUCGGAUGACAACACACAGGCCAAAGAAGUGCACCUGUCCUGUAAGAGACCCUGGAGAGAGCCGGCCAAAGCUGAAGAAAGGUUUCGGUUUGGAAAAGCCAUAGGAAAGGAUGAGUGUGAAGACACGGGAAUAGAAGAGGCCAAUGAACUCACCAAGCUCAAUGUCUCAAAGAGUGUAUGAGGCGGCGUGGCGAGCUGCCGAGGUGCUCCGUUCAUCCACACACAAUAAUAUUUGUACUGACAGGCUGGCGUGCCCUCUAGCACCUCAGUUUCUGUUCCCGGAUGUGGUGUCAUGUGGUCAUUUCAGCCCUGAUCUCUGUGUGGAUCACAGUUAUUCAGGGUCCAUUUCCACCCUUUCUUCUUUCCUUUUCUCCCUUUCCUGGAAGCCUGCCCCCAGCUUGGGGGAUCCGUUCAGCUGUGGAGGAAUUCAAGUGCCUUCAGGGUUUGGCCUUGAGUCUAUGGCCAAGGCCACUGGUGGAAUCAUGGCCCUGGGUAUUAUUUGACUUCUUUAGGGAAAAACAAAAAAAAAAGAAAACAAGAAAAAAAAAAGCUGUGGUUAAGAUACCAUUUUUAUUGCCUUUUCUCACAAGUUUUUUUCCUCAUACAGUGUUUUCCAGUUCAUUUUUUCUAUAAAUGUAAUAGUGUUUUCAGUCACCUGGCCUUUCUAAGCACAUACACGCACACACUUGCAUUUAUGAAUCUGACAUAAAGUGCCAGUAACUCAUCUGGGGGAGGGGCUAUAAAGGGGGAGCAGGGCUGGGAAGCUCAGCAAGCCCCCUCCUGGCAUCUCUGGGUACCUGGGCCCAUAGUCCUGUGGCCCAAGAACACUGGGCAGUUUCAGGGGCUCAUCUGCACGCAGGCCAGGAUUUCCUAUACUCACCAGGCACAAAGCUCACAAACCAGGCCUCAGGAAUCUCAAAGCCGUGUUUCAUCCUGACCCUCCUGGGGUCUUCCAGCCAAGAGCGAAGACAUUCGUCUCAGAAGCCGACUCACCUGAGGGAGACACUCAGCCAUCUGAGGGUUGCGUUUAUUUAUUUAUUUAUUUGUCAAAACGUGUAUUAUGGGGAGGGGGCACUGGGUAGUUUUGGUCGAGGGAAAUGGAGUGGGCAGGGCAGUUUGCAGAGGACCCAACAGACCAAUGACAAGAUGUCCCUCAGCGUUUCAUGUCUCAUCCACUGUGGCCCACGGUGCCGCCCAGGGUGCUGCUCCCCCUUGUGGGGAUCCGGAGUAAAACUGGCUCUGCUCCAAGUGGGAUUCGGCAGCCCUUUCGUCCAGUCCUCCCACUGUUGAACUGUGCAGGCCGAUCUGUGGUGGGAUUUAACUCGCUGGCCAAGUCAGACUCUCUAAAGGGGUUUCUUACAGUGCAGCAAAGUGGGACAGAACCAGCAAAGGAGGUGCAGACAGCCAGACACGGAGACACUAAGGAAAAUGGUGUUCAUGUUCCUGGUUGCUUUUUUGGAAUUGUGUCUUUCCAUGCUGAGUCUCCACUUUGUGCUGAAUGGAGCUCAGGCUACAGGUGCCCUGUCGUCGUCAUUUUCCAGGUGAUGCUGGUGUGCAGCUCAGAGGCCACCGAGAGCCAGCUCUGUUUAGUGGGGGGUCUUCAUGCCAUGCCCUGUGGUGUGUCCUUUCACUGGUAAACCUCACUGUAUAAUUGUCACAUCUAAGUUGAAUCCUCUUGUCACUAAUGCCCAAAGACAGACAGAACUUGCUGAUGCUAGCGAGGUGACAUCUUAGUUCUAGUCAGCCACUUCUCCUGGGGAUACCUGAGAUGGCCACCCUAGCAUCACAGCCAUGCCAGGUCCCGGAGUGGACUUAGUGACUGGGAGAUUUUCCAUCCCAGUUGGCUCCCUGUUGGUCUUCCAACUCGAAGAACAGACAGUUGUGACAAUACCUCUUGCUUCUAAAGAAUGUAUUCUUGUACAAUGCCACAGAUAUUUUUUUCUUAAAAACACUACCUGAUUCUUUCCUUGUACUAGGAUUUAGGGCAUGUAGGAUUUCUGCCUGUCAGUAUUAGGGCUUGCAGUCUCUGAGUGCCAAUCUUCUUCCGCCUCCAGGCUGCGUAGCUGAGGAGCUGGCUGGUUGUCAGUGUCUUUGCAGUCCUGGUAAAGAUGUGCUCUACCAAGUUCAUCUCUACGCACAUUUUCCCUCCCAAACUCUUCUUCCUUUUUCUGCUACAAACGCAUUUGUGAUUCUUUCCCAGCCCACCCCCUAACCACAGACCUGCAAACCACCUGGAGAGAAUCACUGGCCUUGAGCAGGUAAUCCAGUUGGUCAUUGUACAAACAGAGCCCUGGAUGAAGGGCAGCUCGCGCAGAAUGCAAUGCUCUUAGGAAACACCCUGAGCCUUCCUGAAGAACCACAGACAUUCUUCUUUCAGGGUGCCAGGCCCCUGAGGCCUUUCCAGCUCCCUGCCCCAAAGCAUACCUCAACACAGAACCAUGGGCUCUGCAGCACACCUGCCGCGCAGCCUGGUCUGUUGGCAUUGAACAAACAGCUGGAGACAGUUGGGCUUCUAGGCAGUGGACUCGGUGUCCUUCGGGUGGCAAUACUUCUUAGGAACCUAGGGCAGGAAGCAAUACUACAGAAUUGAAUGUGUGUAAAUAGUUGCUUGGCAUUGCAAUUGCUCUUCCCUUCUCGGACCCAGCUCAGAUCGAUUUUAUACAUCAGUAUGAUCAAGCACACAUAAUUUUAUCCCACGCAGAUGAGCAUAGAGCAUCAGUUAUAAGCCCCUAAACUGCUUGACGAGCCCCACAGACUGUGCCACACCUGCGCAUGGCUCCCUUCACUCUGGCUUCACUCCUGGGGACUGCACCUGCACAUUUGCACAUGACACAGAGCCAAAGGCAGUGUGCAACCAUCACCUGGGCUGUGGGCACUGGUACUUUCCAAAGAGAAGUCUGCAUUGAAAUCUCUUGAUUUUCAAGGUCAGCAUUUUUUGAUUGGUUGUUUUGAAAAUCGCAUCAUGAUAGAUCCUGAAAUUAAAUUAGCAAGAACCAACUUGUGUUUCCAUGUUUCCUUUGCUCUGCUCUUUUUAAAUUGUUAAUUCUAAGAAUUUCAAAAUGCAUCCAGUGAAAAAAAUGGAUAUUAAAAUAUUCUAAAACGUAA